AUGGGGGCGGGCCCUUACCAAACCUGCAAAUUAAGCCAGGAUCCCUCGUCUCAGGCUGGCAAUGCUUGCUGUAUCACACUCACACACCCUUGUCCUCUUCCCGCAGGAAGUCCCGGCCACGUCCCGCACAAAUGCAACAGCAUUAAGCACCGGAUUAUCUCCCCAAAGUUGGAUGUCCGUCCCUGCCCGUUCCCAGCCCUGACGGAAGUGCAAAACAUCUCCGGCAGCCAUGAGGGCAGAGCCGAGGCCGAGGCGGCCAAAGGGCCUCUCGUGGACACCAAGGGCGCCAAGCCGGCCAAGACCGGCUCCCCCACCAUGGCCGACGCCGUCCCGGACUCCAUGCAGCAGCCUUCCCCAGCUCUGACCCGGCCCGGAAGCUUCCCCAAACAGGAGCGGCCUCCGAGCACCCUGUCCGUCGGCGCCAUCUUCGUCGUGGCUGGGCCAAGCGGGGCCGAGAAGCCGCUGGCCUUGACCCCCAGCCAGCACCUGGUCUCCGGAGAGGGCGGGGCGGCUCCCACGGCGCCUCUCGGCCUGUCCGUCUUGCCCGGCCUGGUCCUCUCGCAGAGCCUGGACUCGGCCAUGGAAACCAACGAGGGGGCCCCGGACGCCUUCGACCCGGAUCGCUUCCUCAACAGCCCCAAGCAAGGGCAGACGUAUGGGGGUGGCCGGGAGUCCCAAGCCGAACCCGAGUCCCCGGAGAAGACCCCGGCCGCGGGCUACUCCCUCUACGUCUCCGCCAAUCGCUUCUUCAUCCAGGACGACGGGGCCCCGCUCUCGGCCAGCCCCACCUUGGCGGCGGCGGAAGCCACCAGCUGUGCCGAGGCGCCUAUGGAGACGGCGGGCGAGGGGGGCUCCCGGGCCGGGGGGUUGCCCGGCGGAGAGGAGGAGGCCGGCGGGGUGCCCGAGAUCUCCCCCAAGGAGCUGCAGGAGGAGCUGUACUCGGUCAUCCAGCGCGUGGCGGCGGCGGCGGCCAGCGGCGGAGGUCCCUUCGGCCUCUCCCUCGACGGCCAUUUCCCGGAUCUCAUCAGCGAGCUGAUGACGGAGGGCACAGCGGCCGAGGGAGCGGGCAGUCCGGACGGCCCCAGUCCCGGGGCAGAGAGCCCAGAGCCGGUUUUGCCCGAUCCUUGCUACACGGCGGAAGCCAUCUUGGCGGGCUCCGCUCAGCCCUUAGUCUCCAUCACCGACUUCUCGCCCGAGUGGUCGUACCCAGAGGGAGGGGUCAAGGUCCUGAUCACCGGCCCCUGGAUGGACGAUUCGGAGUCGUACAGCUGCCUCUUCGACCAAAUCUCCGUCCCUGCUUCGCUUAUCCAGUCCGGGGUGUUGCGCUGCUACUGCCCAG